GAAAAGGGAAUGGGGAGAAAACGUACAAGAUUGCCCAGACUGGUCUGAGUUGCCGCCUUGCGUCUUUCUCUACGCGCUUCUCGCCCCCCGUCCUCAUGUUGAUAACCGAAGUAACCUCUGGCAUCGUAGUCCUUUAUUUUGUUCGGCGACUCGAGGCCUUCGGAGCCAAAAUUCAAGAGUUUCGACCGUUUUUCAACCGAUCCCCGCCCAGAGCGGCAUCCAGCCGACUCCGAACGGCCCGCGAUGGAAGUGCAGAAGUGGAGGAAAAAAAAGGACAAAGCCGAGGCGGAGGGCGAUCUCGCACAGUUAUUCUCCGCCUGCAAGGAGCUGGCCGAGAUCUACUUUAGGGACGAAAAAUACGACCUGGCUUUGCAGGAGUACAAAGAAAUGGAGAGGGUUUCCGAUGCUAACAACAACAAAAUGGACGUUGCGAGGUGCAACAGAAUGAUAGGUGAGGUGUACUGUGAGAAAGGGGAGUUCACCAAAGCUGUCAAACACCAACUGAAACAUCUAACUCUGUCCAGAGAGGAAAAGGAUAAAGUGGAAGAACAGAGAGCUCUGGCAACUCUAGGCAGGACCUAUUUUCUCCAGGCCGAAACAUACGAUGUAAUCGACACACCAGAAAAAGCAAAGCAAUCAUUGAAUGAGGCGAAAGCCUAUUAUAUGCAGAGUCUUCAAGUCUGUGAACAAUUAAAUGAUGCUGUUGGCUGGAAGCAAAGGAUGGAAAUGAGAACUCGCCUGUUUUUGAAUCUUGGUUUGGUAUUUGACUGCCAAAAGCAAGCUGAAGAAGCAGAAGAUUACAUUUUAAAGGCUGUUUUGAUCUGUAAGAAACUCGACCUUUGGGAAGAUUUGUUCAGGUCUUACACAGCCUUAGGUACUGUGUAUCAGAAGCAUAGGGAUAGCACGAAAGCACUGUCUACAUUCGAUCUAGCGAUCCCAGUUGCUGAGCGACUUUCAGACAAAUCCUCCCAGGCUUUGUGCGAAGUUCUCCUUCUAAAGUCUGAAGUACUUUUAGAUCAACCAAACUUUAGGGGUGCAAGGCAAGCUCUGUUGCGAGCCUAUAAAAUCAAUUGUCCGAAUGAAAUGAUGAGAGCUGAUAUCAAACACAAGCUUCGAAUUGUUGCUGCCAUGUGCGAGACAGAGGAAAAAUUGACUGAUAUACCACCUGAAGCAGAAUAUGAGGCUAGAAAAAAACUCUAUGAAGACUUAGGCGAUAUGUCAGCCGAGAUGGGCAACUUUGGCCUUGCCAUCACUUAUUACCAUCUGAUGCUCAUGAGUGUUGAAAAAAUCGGUGGUGAUAAAAAGUCUCUGAUUGAAUGUUAUGUUUCACUGGCCCAAACAUACAAAGAUGACAAGCAGUACCACAAAGCAAUAGAAUAUUUCAAGAAGGAGCUCUUGUUGGAAAAUGAUGAUGCUUGUGAGUCUUGCCGGACGUGCAUGAACAUCGCUGAUAUAUACCAGAUGCAGGGGAAAAAUGAUGAGAUGAUUGAAAUGUAUCAAAAGGCUAAAAAUUACGCUGAGGAAGCUGGAAAAGAUAAACUUCAAAGCACUGUACUAAGUUGCAUGCAUAAGGCUUUUAUUGAAAGAAACCUGUUUGCCCUUGCAGAUGAAAUUCAGAAGGAACUUCAAAAUUUCUCUGACUCUUUUGAAGAAUCGAGUGACGAAGAGAAUGAAGAAUCAGCGAAGGAGUUUGGAUCCCAUAUAAUUCUUAGCGAUUUAUCAGAUGCUGAAAUGGGUGAAAACAACCAAAACGAUAAGGCAAAGGUGUCUAGGACGAGAAUCAAAAACAAAUCAAAUAAAGGGAAGAGAAAUGAAAAAGGAGAAAUGCCACUUCAUUUAGCGGCUAUUAAUGGAAAUGCAACCUUAGCGGCUAAACUCAUCGACCAGGGGCAUAGUGUGGAUGUUAAGGAUUACAGUGGUUGGACACCUCUUCAUGAAGCAUGCAAUCACGGAAACAAAGAAAUUGCAGAGAUUUUAAUUAAAAACGGAGCCGCAGUUAACGACAGAGGAGGGCCUCUUUGCGAUGGUUUUACCCCUCUGCUUGACGCAGCUUCAAACGGCCAUUUUGACUGUAUUGAGUUAUUGCUAGAGCAUGGCGCCUCUCCUCUUAUGAGAACAAACAAUGGUGAUUCUGUUUUGGAUUGUUUAUUCGGUUGGAGAGAGAGAUAUUUAGAAGAAUGCGGGAGUGAUCUUGAUAAUUUGUCGCUAACUAGGUAUAAUUAUUUGUACCAAAAGCUUCAACAAACGUUAGAAAAGGCUGGGCAAAAAACUGUAGUGAAAGAAUCAAAAUUGAACAAACUCAGGUCUCUCAGAAGGAGCAAUUCAGACCAGGUUCUUCCUCGUUCAAAGAUAAUGUCGAAGAAAAUGGACAUUAUCGACCACAACAACUUGAGACGUUAUUCUAACGAGAGCGCUGCCAAUGAAUAUGAGAGUGCUAUGAAAGCUCUGCGAUUUAAAAACAAACCAGAUCUUAUCAGCCCUAUGGUCCUUCAGAAACCCAGUGUACCAGCGUUAAUAGACUCGUCUGAUACGACUGAUGACAACUGGCUAGAAGACGAUAUGAAUGUCGGAAGGCCGAAUAAGAAGAGAAGAACCUCUGAAUUCAUAGGUGAAUCUCAACGAAGAUCUGAAUCAAAUCAAAGGAGUGCAUGUACUGUCAGUCCACUUUACAUGGAACGGGCGGAUAAUUCAGAAAAUCCUAUUAACGAUGGAGAGGGUGAGAGUGAUGGUGAUGACAGCAAUAUAGAAUUAAUUGCAAGACCUGACUCACCGUCUUCUGAUUCUCCGAUACCUUCUCCUGUCAAUAUUAAUUCACCUUCGACUUCUGGGGGCUUUAGUAACAAGCUCAAAGAGAGAAAUGCAAUAAGAAAAAAACAGUUCACAUUAAUGGAUUCGGGAGUUUCAAAAGAAAAAGUUAUCAAAACGAAUACACACUGUGAUGCUACCUGUACAUCACCAUUGCACCAACCCAAUGCAAAAUCAGUGGCCUUCAUCAAAGUUAAGAUUGAAGAUAAACUACUCUUAGUACCGAUUCCGAACACAAAUGAGGAAAAGACUGUCGCAUGGCUCGCGCACGAAGCAGCACAAAGAUACCGCAGCUUGGAAAGUGUCGAACCAGUUUUAAGGCUAGUGACGCAAGAUGGAGCAUUGCUUGUAGACUCUGAUCCGAUAUCGUUGGUCAUGAAUAUGGGAGAUUUAGUUGGAAAUGUUCUCUCUUGGAAUUUACCAUCUCUGACGACUAUUUAUGAAGAAACAUGUAGAAAUAAUAAUAUAUGUGAAGAUAAACAAAUUUCUACAUUGUUAGAAGCCUGCCAAGCUACAGGUAAACUUAGUUUAGAAGACUUAUAUUUAGAUUGGAAGCAACUGGGCCCAAUUUUCAAAGCUCUCUCCCAUCACCUUCCACUUCAGUGCCUCGAGCUUUCAGGAAAUUAUAUUUCCGAUACAAACUUAAAGGACGUUGCCGAGUGUAUAGUUAAACUGCCACAACUGCGUGUUUUGGACUUGAGCAACAUCAACAUCACUUCAGAGGGUCUUUCAAUAUUUUCGCAGAUAAUCCAAGAAAAUAGAGGAUUACAGAGGUUGCAAGUGUUGAAUCUUGGUUACAAUCCACUUAAUGACUGUCUCAAACCGUUGUCGGAGCUUUUAAAUACGAUUCCAGCUCUUACAGCUCUUUGCAUCGAAUCUGUUGGACUUUCUGCUCAAUCCUUCAGAUCAUUCCAAAGCUUUACAUUAGAUUGCCUUGAAGUCUUAAACAUCAAUUACAACAACAUUGGCCAUGAAGGGAUAAUCGAUUUGCUCGGAAGGCUUGACUCUAGAUCUAUAAUAGAUCUUAGACUGGCCGGAACAAGCGAAACAACAAUCCGUGAAGUUGCGAUGUACCUUCAGCAUAAUGCUCCUUCUUCUCUUACAAUUCUUGAUCUGUCAUAUUGUAAAGCAACAGAUCUUGAAUUACAAGAACUCGUCAAGGGUGUUAACUUGUGUCCAAGGCUAGAGAUAUUGUCUCUUGAUGGGUCAUCGGGCCUGUCAACAAGUAGUAUUAAUUCGUUUAUAAAUUCGGCUACAAUUAGGGACUUAAGUGUAUGCGGGCUACAAGCCAACCAAGUCUUCCAAGUUGAGAGCAACAUGGCGAGUCUCUCAAUCAGCUCAUGUGUCAAACAGCCAUGGGCAAGACAGGGGCCUUUUGGAUUUUAUACAAAUGCACCGAGGGAUACGACGACUCAUUGAAGAAUUUUUAACACGAUUUUAGUUCAAACGACUUAAAAUUUCUUGUGGAGAGUUGUUUAGAAAUAUUUUAUUUUGACUUUUCUACUUAUUAGUUUACCAUUGGUGUAAUGGACAUUAAGAUCGACAUGUCAUAAAUAACUUUUCCUUUUAAUUUAAAUAAAUAAGUUCCAGAAAUAUGUUUUUAGAAUGUUGAAACUAGUUAUUAUUAAAAUAUUGUUUUAUUUCAUUUUUUCUGUGUAUUGUCGAUAAUAACUUAAGUGCCUAAAAUCAAUAUUUCGUUCCUUUGUUUCUUUUAUUUCUAUUUUUUUCUAACAAUGUGUAUUUUUGAAGAUGAAAGAACCAAAUGUUUUUAAACUGAGUUACCAACAAAUUUUCAAUAAAACCUCAAGUUUUUAUCUUA